UAAGGUAAACACUUACAUCAGUAUUCUCAUACAGACAGCACUACGUGUUAGCCUGUCAUUCAGUCAAAGAAGACGAUGCAGCCAGAUCCAAAACCCCAGCACGGUCUCCGCAAAGAAGAAAAAUUAAUUUCCUAAGAAUAUUUUCAUUUGUAAUCUUACUUUUUUUGUUAAUAAAAACCAACGGCCAGAUACAUCUUUUUUUUUUCCCCAAGUGGAUAGUUGCAGAAGACAUCUGAACUCAUUCCAAAGCCUGUAUGUUUUUUUGUUUUAUCUAUGGACAGCCAGCACCAAUGAUAAUACAAUCAGAAUGGCAAGAAAUGUUUUUUAGGAAUUUCUGCUAUAACUGUACCAGAGGAUUUACUGGAAGAAUUAAUCUCAAAGAUGGGAAACUGUUGCAGGAAGAAUUGCAGCUGCCUAAGCGGUGUGCUACCCUGUGUCUUUAACAAUGAGAAGAGAGCGACUUCUUAUACUACUAAUGAUAUUGUGAUUCAGAAUAUACAUAUAAAUACUCAACAUGAUGGUCCACAGCUCCCGCCACGUUUUGAAAACCGGAGAGAACCGCAAAUAAAUACUUAUGUGGCGUUGUACAGUUAUGAAGGACGGACACCUGAUGAGCUGAGUUUCAAGGCUGGGGACAAAAUGGUCAUCUUAGACACCACUCAUGCUAGCUGGUGGAAAGCUAAACUUUCAAGGACCAGAGGAAAAACAGAGGGAUAUGUCCCAUUCAAUUACGUUGCUCCUGUCUCCAGCAUUGAGUCUAUGCCGUGGUUUUUUAAAGACACCAAGCGAACAGCGGCUGAAAGACUGUUAUUGCAACCAGGCAAUAUAACCGGAUCUUUUUUAAUCAGAGAAAGUGAAAGCCAAAAGGGUGAAUACUCUCUUUCUGUGUUCGAUGGAAUUGCUGUGAAACAUUAUAGGCUCAGAAAAUUGGAUGAUGGUGGGUUUUACAUAACUGCAAAGAGUAAAUUUAUAUCUAUGAAUGAGCUUGUGGAAUAUUACGGUAAAAGAGAGGAAGGACUUUGCUGCAAACUCUUAAAACCAUGUCUAAAGACAGCAAUACCUCUUCCUCCGGACCUGUGCUACAAUACUGCCGAUCACUGGGAAAUUGACAGAAACUCUCUUAAGUGUUUAAAAAAACUUGGACAAGGGCAAUUUGGUGAAGUAUGGGAAGGGCUGUGGAACAAUACUAUACCAGUGGCUAUAAAGACAUUAAAAACAGGAUCCAUGAAUCCACAGGAUUUCUUACGGGAAGCACAGUUCAUGAAAAACCUUAGACAUCCAAAACUUAUCCAACUCUAUGCUGUUUGUACUUUGGAAGAGCCGGUAUAUAUAAUAACUGAACUCAUGAAACAUGGAAGUCUGCAUACUUAUCUUCAAAAUGAUAAUGGAACAUCAAUCCAUAUUCCUCACCAGGUGGACAUGGCUGCUCAGGUGGCCUCAGGAAUGGCUUACCUGGAAACACAAAGCUUCAUUCAUAGAGAUCUGGCAGCCAGAAAUGUGCUUGUUGGUGAAAACAGUGUUUACAAAGUGGCAGAUUUUGGCUUAGCCAGAGUUUUUACGGGAGAUGAUGUUUACGAGGCAAAAAAUGAUACAAAGCUUCCUCUGAAAUGGACAGCACCAGAAGCAGUCAAAUACAAUAAGUUCACUGUUAAGUCUGAUGUCUGGGCCUUUGGCAUCCUUAUGUUUGAAAUAGUGACAUACGGGAAGAUGCCAUAUCCUGGUUUAACAGGAAGACAGGCAUUGGAUAAAUUGGAACAAGGUUAUAGAAUCCCAAAGCCAUUCACCUGUCCUCAUGACCUGUACGAAAUCAUGCUCCAAUGCUGGAAUGCAAAACCAGAAGAGAGACCAACAUUUGAAACAUUACAGUGGAAGUUGGAAGAUUAUUUUGAAACAGAGGCUUCAUCAUAUCUUGAAGCAAAUAGCUUUGUGCGAUAAGCUCCAGGGAGAAAGAAGACCAUGUGGCCAAAGACAGUAUAAUAAUCACGACAUUACACACAUGAUAGGGAAAUUGUGGCCCUCAUUAUAGUAGACUAUGAAAGGAAAUGACGGUCGAAACAAAUAUCAUUUCAAUGUGUUAUUGGAUUAGUACACAGCUGCAAGAAUCAUCUACAUUAGCUUCUGCAAUUUUUGUAACCAGCUCUUGAUUUUAGGAGCUGAUCCAACAUCUUAAAGGAACAUAAGUGGCAGCUACAAUACCUGGUCAUAGUGCACUUUUUGGAGCUUCCAUAGCUGGUGCACUUUUGGGAGCCAUAACAUUAGGCUCAUGGUCACUUUUGGGAGCUACAAUAUCUGCUCCUGGUUCACUUCUGGGAGCUACAAAAUCUGCCCAUAGUGUACUUUGUAGGUAGAUGUAAGUAUGAAUAAAGCAAUCUCAUGUAAGCUUUUUUUCUCAGUGAUACAGGAGAAAUAUGAAUUACUUGUUAAAGACACCUUUCAGAACCCAGGUGUGUUGUUUACAGAGGUUCCAACUAAUAUUAAAUCUGCAGCCUGGCUUUAACACUGAA